AUGAAAACGGACCGCUGUGUGACGUUCCCCGAGAAUAUAAAUCUGCCGCUCUUACUGGUACAUCGCUUCGUAAUUACGACUCUGCACACCCGCCAUACUUGCUUCUCACUUCCUCGCAUCUCACUGUACUUCCGCGGCUCCGCCAUCCUCCCGACAACUUCCAUUCUCCACUUCAGAAUCAUCAUGGUGUGGUUCCUCAGAUGGCUCACGGGGUACUUUUGGCCCAUCCUGCCUGAUCACUGGGUCGAUGAUCCUCCUCAAGCCAAUCCUUACGGCCUGGACCUGCUGAUGAGCAUGGAGAUGACCUCGUCCGCUGUCCCGAGCUAUUACAAUCGCUAUGGCGAGCCCGUAUACAACACUCCCGAUGGAAGUCCCCCCCCACUUGGCGAAGGAUCCAGUUCUACGGUCACGAUCUCCACCCCGAUCUUGCCGUUGCAGAACCGCACUCCGCCUCAUCAGCCGUGGCCCGAAGAAGGAUGUGAUCCGAUGUCUUGGGCCAUGGUCUGGGUUGCCUCCUUCUUUCUUGACGGCGUCCUCAUCGCCAUCAUCUGCUUGGGCACUGUCAAGGGCGGAUUCUUGUGGGCUCCCUUCCAUGUUUUGAUCAGUCGGAACAAGGGUUAG